GGAGAGAGCCACGGACGAACGUGCGCAGUGGGAUGACAAAAAGCAGAAGUUUGAACCAUUGGUUAUAAGUACAAACUCACUAAGAGGAAUGACUCAGGCUCGACAUGCGAAACGAAUAGUACCCGAAUCUCUUAAAGACGAAACAUAUUGGGAAAAACGGAAAAAGAACAACAUUGCCGCCAAGCGUUCAAGAGAAAGCAGACGACGAGUUGAGUCAGAUAUACGAAUAAAAAUUGAUAUACUCGAAAAAGAAAACAUGCUCCUCAAAAAAGAAAUGUCCUUGCUGAAAUCGAAAUACGGUAUUCCUGCAGAACACUCUAUGUUGACACACCAGGAAAGACUCGAUUGUUUACACGAGUUUGAUGAGUCACGUACUUCAAGUGGGAGGGCAGAGAAGUUCGGGGAGUCUUUAGAUGAUUCGCAGAGUAAAAUGUCCCGCAAGGAGGAACCCAUUAUGACGAAAUAUGAGAGCCGAGGCACGAACAUUAGUCGUCAGUCGUCCGACCACGAGGAUGAAAAGAGUUCGUCCGUAUGCAGUGAAUAUGGGCAUCCAAUGGCAUAUAAUAAUUCAUUCGAUGGUAUCGUAUGGUCAACUGGCGCUGAGCAGCAAACUCAUAUGGAACAGAAUGGAAGCGAUCGGCGGUUUACUAUCGAAGGUUUAAACCUUAACCCAUAUGGUCAGAUAGGACACUUUCCUUAUCACUAUGUGUCCUACCAGAUGGGUCAUAAAGGUCAUGAAGGUCAUGAGCAGGGUUUCUUCAUGGGAGCCAAUCGAAAACAAACACAUAUAUCGGCAAAUUUAUCCAUGACCAAAUCAGAUGAUCUCAGACACGGAAACACAUCUGUACAAAUCCAAUCUCUUCGUAGAGCCAGCCCUAACACGAGUAUGGAAAACGGACAAGUUUGUCCGAUGUCAGCUUCGUGUGAAUCAACAUCUUCCGAAAGGAAUGUUGCUUGCACUAAUAAGCUAGACAAAGUUGAACUGAGAAGAAAAAUCAUGCAAUUAUCUGCACAAUGUGAGGAAAUGAAGGACUUUGUUUUUAAGGCAUAAGGUACAUGUAUAUGGUAUACUCAUAUAACAUGGCCCAAUACUGGUGUAUGAUAUAGUCUGUGUGUACAGUAUAUACUGGUGUAUGAUAUAGUCUGUGUAAAG